GUGGUUUGUAUUUAAAGAAGGAAAAUUUAAUUAUUCAAAGAAUCUGUAUUCGUAUUUUAUUCUUCCCGUUCAGUUUAAUAUUUUUCCGAUCAAAAAAUGCGAUUAUAUUUGAAACAUAAAAUUUUAUUGAAGUCGCAAUAAAAAUAAAUCAUCUGGCGAGAUUGAAUUGAAACUUUAGCUCCAUACUAUAUUAAAACAAUUAAUAUGAAAUUUAUUAUUUGUAACAAAUAAAACUAAUACAGAAGCUGGGAAUAUUAAUUUAUACAUCUGUUAUAGAUGAAAAGCAUUUAGAUAUGAUUAUUUGAAACAAUAUUCUAUAUUAGUUGUUACGAUCAGAAAUCCUAAGGAAGAAUGGCAUCACUCAAAGUUGCAGUUCGUGUUCGACCAUUUAACAACAGGGAACGCGAAAUGAAUGCAAAAAGUAUUGUUCAAAUGGAUGGGGAAAAAACUCGGCUACUGAAGAAACCAGAAAAUGUAUCCAUAGAUAGCGCCAGUAUUAGUUCAACAUUUCAUGACUUUACUUUUGAUUACUCAUAUUGGUCCGGUGAUGGUCCACAUCAUAUUGUUUCACAGAAAGAAAUUUACGAUGAUCUUGGGGUAGAUGUGAUCGAAUGCGCUUUUCAAGGAUAUAAUGCUUGUCUUCUAGCUUACGGCCAGACAGUACUUAUGGCAUGUGACUUAUCCGGAAAAUCUUUGACCGAUUUUCCAACCACCAUUUAUUAGAUUUAGAAGGAAAAAAUACAAUAAAAAUGAUAUUUGGUUGAUGUACUAGCUUAGAAAGAAAAGAUUGAUUCGAUUCGAUCCCAGGUAAAUGUUCGACUAC